CAAAAUCCCACCUCAGCGACCACCACCUCAAGGGGGCCCAGUGCAACCCCAAGGAAUGCAAUCACAAAGCCAGGAGCCAUUGCAGCCACAGCGCAUGUACCCCCCUGGGCAGUCAGCAAAGCCCUCAACCUCCCAGCCACAGCGUCCACCUGGACCUACAACUCAGCAACCACGUCCCCAAGCUCAAGGUCCUUCCAGCACCAGAUUAUCCAAGGAAGCAGAGCCGCAGCCGCAGCCACAGCCUGCUCCACAGCCUGCUCCGCAGCCAGCUCCGCAGCCAACUCCACAACAGAAGCCUCAGUCUCAUCCACAACUUAACAAAUCGCAGUCUUUGACAAAUGCCUUCAGUUUCACAGAAUCAUCCUUAAAGAAGAUGAAGCGAAAGCUGAAACUAUUCGAAACUUGAGGAAAUCCUUUGCUAGCCUUUUUUCUGAUUAGCUGGCUUCAUCUAAAUGCACCCAGCACAUAGUCUAAACUACAUGAAUGUUACAUAGGUUUUGUUUUCCCUGUGACCGUACCCUUCUCUACUGUGCUAACUGUUGUAUUAAGCAAUAUGUUAAACCUACAAAAAAAAAA